UCUGCCUGCAGCUCUGAGCGAGGGGGGAGCAUUUACCAGCUUCUAGCAAGGGAGGCCGCCUGUGGGUGGGGCCGGGGGAGACGGCUGCAGCAGCUGUUGCUCCGGCCCGAGCGGGGAGCCCCAGGGGCAUGGAGGGGACCGGGGCGCAGCAAGACGCGCCGCUGGUGCGCUGCCCCGUGUGCCUGUGGGAGCUGCCCGCCGCGCACAUCAAUUCGCAUCUGGACGGGUGCUUGCAGGACGCGGGGAGGGGCGGCGAGCCGGAGCGGAGCCCGCAGCCCUCCAGCAAGAAAAUGCGCCUCUCCGGGCCCCCGGGGAAGAGUAGCGAGGAGGAGGAGCUGGAGGACGGGAGCGGCCUCGUCGCCCCCGUGUUCCCCCUGUUCCACAAGGGCCGGGCGGCUGCAGCCACCCCGGGAACUCCGGGCGGGGCCGCGGGGGCUCACAGGGGAGCUCCUGUUGCUGCUGCAGCCCGAGGCCAGGAGCGAGGGGCAGGGCCGGCUGCAAGCCCCGGGAGCCACGCGGCUGCCCUGAGCGGGGAGACCGUGGCCCAGAAGCUGGAGGGGAAGCCCCUGGCCGAUAAGCUGCGGCCGGGCACCUUGGGGGACUACGUGGGGCAGGAUCAGGUGCUGGGAGAACAGACCCUGCUGCGGUCCCUGCUGGAGGCCCACGAAAUCCCCUCGCUCGUCCUCUGGGGGCCCCCUGGCUGUGGCAAGACUACCCUAGCACAUAUCAUAGCCAGCAACAGCAAGAAGAAUGGUACAAGAUUUGUGACUUUAUCAGCAACAAGUGCCAAGACAAAUGAUGUCCGAGAUGUUAUCAAGCAAGCAGAGAAUGAAAAAAGACUCCUCAAGAGGAAGACCAUCCUCUUUAUUGAUGAGAUUCAUCGUUUCAAUAAAUCUCAGCAGGACACUUUCCUUCCUCACGUUGAGUGUGGGACUGUGACGCUGAUCGGGGCAACCACCGAAAACCCUUCCUUCCAGGUCAAUUCCGCUCUUCUGAGUCGCUGUCGAGUUAUUGUUCUCGAGAAGCUCUCUGUUGAGGCGAUGGAAAUUAUUCUGAUGCGGGCUAUCACGUCCUUGGGGAUCCGGGUUUUAGGCCAAGAUGAGCAACACACUAGUUCUGCGAAUGGCAGCGACAGCAAGAGCUCUGAGUCCCCUGUGUACAUAGAGGAAAAAGCUGUAAGCACUCUAGCUUACCUUUGUGAUGGUGAUGCAAGAACUGGACUGAAUGGACUCCAAUUGGCUGUUCAGGCCAGAUUAACUGCAGGGAAAACCUCUCAUCAGGCUAGCACACAAGGUUGCUCUGUGGAUGGAGUUUUUAUAACAGAAGACCAUGUGAAGGAAGGACUACAGCGAUCCCAUAUCCUGUAUGACCGAGCAGGUGAAGAGCAUUACAACUGUAUUUCUGCACUUCAUAAAUCUAUGCGAGGCUCAGAUGAAAAUGCUUCCCUUUACUGGCUUGCCCGAAUGCUCGAAGGUGGUGAGAAUCCACUGUAUGUGGCAAGAAGGCUGGUGAGAUUUGCAAGCGAAGAUAUAGGACUGGCAGAUCCUUUGGCAUUAACACAAGCAGUUGCUGCAUACCAAGGCUGUCAUUUUAUUGGAAUGCCAGAAUGUGAGGUCAUACUAGCCCAAUGUGUAGUCUACUUUGCUAGAGCACCCAAGUCUAUUGAGGUGUACAGUGCAUACAGCAAUGUCAAAGCGUGUUUGAGAAACCACCAGGGACCACUUCCACCUGUUCCACUG